CGUCACCAUUGCAUUCACAGCAACCAAAGAUGCAUACAGCUAAGGCAAAAAUCAGUAAUAUUGCCAGCGCUGCUAGAGAGCACAUGACCAUCUGCAGAGCUAAAGUUGAAGAGAAGGUGGAGAAAGCAACAGCGAGGACGCAUGAAGAGAAAGAGAUGGCCAAGGAACGUAGAAAGGCAAAAGAAGCUCAGGCUAAGAUGGAGUUGCAUCAGGCUAAAGCCAAACAUGCUGCUGAGAAAUCAACUGCCAAGCGAACGCAUCAUCAUGUUCCCGGUGUCGGAGCUGACCAUCACCUCCACCAACCUCGACCUACGGUUGGCGGUUAUCCGAACCAGCCUGUAGGAGCCACCGUUCCGGCUUACCCUGUAGGAGGGCAUCCUCCGGUAUACAAUUAGAAUAGGAAUUGUGGCCAUCUGUAUUUGUAUGUGUACCUCAUUUUAAUAGUAAGAAUCUCCCAUAUUCAUAAUCCAUUGCCACACACUAGAUGCAAAUAGAACAUUUUUAUUGUUAUUUUUUCCCACCAUCUCCAUCAUUUUGAAUUUACGGAACUUUCUCGUCACCUUACUUUUUUUAUAAAAAAAGCAAAAAAAAGCUUCAAACCUCUA